AUGACUCAGGAUAUUGUGCUCGGAGUACAGUACCAGGUUCUUAGGGAGCUUAUGGAGAAAGUAAAUUUCCUAAUUCACAUCCUGGAGAUGGACGCUAUUCCUUUUAAGAGCCAGCCGGGAGUAAGGGACACGGAGAAGAAAGCCUACAUCCAGUUGCCACAUUACUGGUGUUUUUUACAUGUGCAUGUUUCUGGAUUGGAAACUGAGGCCACGCAGAAGAUGGUGAAUGACAGAUGGAAAACCAUGGGAGGCGUGUCUCAACUUGAAGAUGGACAGCAGGAGAAGUCUCAGCGGAUGAGCUGCGGCUACAUCCUGUGCACAGUCCUACUGUCCGUGGCCGUCCUCCUGGCCGUGACCGUCACCGGGGCCAUCCUCUUCAUGAACCACUACCACUCGCCCGUCACGGAGUCCCCGCCCAUCAUCAGCACCAACCCCGACGAGGCCAACAACGCCCUGGUCACCAUCGAGAAGGCCGACGGCUCCCGCAUCAACAUCUUCAUCGACCCCCGCUGCCCGGACCACGCCGACAGCUUCACCCGCCUGGAGGGGGGCCAGUCCUCCGUGCUGCAGGCCGUGACGGACCACGAGGCCCAGCUGCGGUCCACUCAGGGCCAGGAGCGGGAGCUGCUGGCCACGCUGGCCAACGAGGUGACCCAGCUCCUGGCCCAAGCCUCGGAACUGAAACUGGACUGCGACGGGCUGAGGAAAGGGCACGGCAGCCUGGGCCAGGGCCUAAAUGCUCUGCAGAAUGAGCAGGGCCGUCUCAUUCAGCUUCUCUCCGAGAGCCAGACUAACAUGGCCCGGCUGGUGAGUUCCGUCAGUGACGUCCUGGACACCCUGCAAAAGGACCAGGGGGUGGAGAGGCCCCAAGUCAAGGCCAAUCUACAGAGAGUCCCAGCCAGGGGAUCCCGGCCCCGGGGAUGUUCUAAUGGCUCUCGUCCACGCGACUGCUUUGACAUCUACGGAAGUGGACUGCAAGAGGAUGGGAUUUACUCCGUCUUCCCUACCCACUACCCCUCGGGCUUCCAGGUCUACUGCGACAUGAGCACGGAUGGCGGAGGGUGGACGGUUUUUCAGAGGCGAGAGGAUGGCUCGGUCAACUUCUUUCGAGGCUGGGAGGCGUACCGGGAUGGCUUCGGCAAGCUCACAGGGGAGCACUGGUUAGGCCUGAAGAGAAUCCACGCCCUGACCACACAGGCCAGCUAUGAGCUGCACGUCGACCUCGAGGACUUUGACAACGGCACGGCCUAUGCUCACUACGGCACCUUCGGCGUGGGUCUGUUCUCCGUGGACCCGGAGGAGGACGGCUACCCAAUCACCAUAGCGGAAUACUCCGGCACAGCAGGCGACUCUUUCCUGAAACACAAUGGCAUGAAGUUCACCACCAAAGACCGGGACAACGAUCACUCUGAGAACAACUGCGCCUCAUUCUAUCAUGGGGCCUGGUGGUACCGCAACUGCCACACUUCCAACCUCAACGGCCAAUACCUCAAGGGCCACCACUCUUCCUACGCCGACGGCAUCGAGUGGUCCUCCUGGACCGGCUGGCAGUACUCCCUCAAGUCCACCGAGAUGAAGAUCCGGCCCGUGAGGGAGGAGCACUAGGCAAGAGCCCCACGACCCUUCGCGUCCCCUCCCCCGCU